AUGGGUGCUUAUAAGUUCAUGCAAGAAUUAUAUCGUCACAAGCAGUCAGAUGUAAUGCAAUUCAUCCGUCGUAUGAGGUGUUGGGAAUACCGUCAGACCCACGCCAUUAUCCGUGCCAGUCGUCCCACUCGUCCUGAUCGUGCAAGGCGAUUGGGCUACAAGGCAAAACAAGGCUAUGUAAUCUACCGCAUUCGAAUUCGUCGGGGUGGCCGCAAACGUCAGGUUCCGAAGGGUGCCACCUAUGGUAAGCCCACAAAUGAGGGUGUUAACCAACUGAAAAAUCAGCGUUCGAUUCAGGCCGUUGCAGAGGAACGUGUCGGUCGAAAAUGCGGUGCGCUCCGUGUGCUGAAUUCGUAUUGGGUUGGUGAAGACAGUACAUUCAAGUACUACGAAGUGAUCUGCAUCGAUCCAUUCCACAAGGCCAUCAGACGCGACCCGUCUAUUCGAUGGAUCUGCAAGGCACAUCAAAAACAUCGUGAAAUGCGCGGUCUGACUUCUGCGAGUAAGAAGUCUCGCGGUCUGGGCCACGGUCAUCCGUUCCACAAGACUAUUGGUGGUUCGCGCCGUGCGUGCUGGAAACGACUCAACCAGGUCCCGAUGCGUCGCAAACGUUGA